CAGAAAUUUAUACGGAAACGUCCGAAAGUGAUGAGCAAGUGGAUUAAGAUUCGUGUUUUCCAAUUUGUAAAUGUCACUCUUCAAUUUCAAAUUGUUGUAAAUUUGGACAAUUGAAAUGUACAAUGUGGUCGAGAAGUACAUUUUACCUCUAAAAAACCACAUUUUCAACAAUUUGGACAAUUGAGGGAUGACAUUUACAAUCUACGAAACAAACAAAGGAGGGUCCUACUACUGAACUUCCGUUCAUUGUUGAUUUGAGUUUUAAAGAUCCAAUUCUUGAGGCAGAAGCAAGUCUACUGCUUGAGGAUGAGGCAAAUUCUGAAAAUGAAGAUGAUGUGGAGUUACUCCAUGCUAGGUUUUUGCUAAAGAAGCUGGUGACAAAUUCAAAGAUUCCUGGGAAAAGUAAAGACAACAACAAUAGCUCUGCCAAUGAAACACUACUUGAAGAAGAGGUAGGUUUGGAGGAUGAUGGCAAUGACACAUAAUACUUCAGUUCAAGCGAUGAAGGUAGUUACAAAUUUGGUUCUAACAAUGAAGAAGAAGAUUUUGUAAGAGUAAAAUCCAGAUUUCCAAGCUUCAAAUCAGAUGACAAGGUUGAUUUUACUUUGGGAAUGAGCUUUGAGUCAAAAAGUCAGGUAAAGGAUGGUGUUAAUAAAUACUCUGUGAGUAAUACGUACCCCUUCUAUUGGGCAAAAACUGCUCCACCAUGCUUAGGGCCAAGUGUUCAAAUUUGAACAAGACUUGCACAUGGAUGGCCUAGUUUGGCAUUGAGAACAGAAGUAGCAGCAAGAAGUGGGUGCUGAAGACCUACAUCAAGGACCAUACAUGCAUGCAAUCCAGGCUGGCAAAUUCCUAGUGCCACUGCAAAGUGGUUGGUGCAAAAAAAAUUCAACACUAAGCCUGGUGUGUCUGACAUGAAAACCAGUGCUAUGAAAGAGAUGGUUAAAAGAGAACUCAAUUGUGAUGUAUCUCUGGAACAAAUGAAGAAAGCAAAAUCAAUGAUAAGGAAGCAGCAAAAGGGAAAUAUAGAAGGUGAGUACAACAAUUUGGAGGAUUACAAGCUGAAAUCCUAAGGUCUAAUGCUGGAAAUACAUGCAUAUUACAACUUAAGCAGCCCAGUGAUGUGUUUGAAAGAUUUUAUGUAUGCUUUGAUUCAUGUAAGAGGGGUUUACUUGAGGUAGAAGGUUAAUUGGGAUUGAUGGUGCAUUCUUAAAGUCUGAAGUAAAGGGAGAAAUACUCACAGUAGUAGCUAGGGAUGCUCACAAUCAAAUGUUCCCAAUUGCUUGGGCUGUUGUGCGGUCUGAGACAAAAGCAACAUGGAAGUGGUUUCUAGAGAAUCUAAGAGAUGAUCUACAGAUUGGAAGAGCAGGUUGGGCAUUUGUUUCUGACCAACAAAAGGGCUUAAUGCCAGCUUUAUAUGAGACUCUACCAGAGGUUGAGCAUAGAAGAUGUGUCAGUCACAUUUAUGCCAUAUGGAGAAGAACCCACCCUGGUCUUGAAUUGCAAAGACAAUUUUGGAAGUGCUGGAAGGCUACCUCCAAAAGAGAGUUUGAACAGAAUCCUGAGGGCCUCAAAUCUCUAUCUCCUACUGCUCAUGAAGAUAUAGUGAAGGUAGAUCAUAAAUUUUGGUGUAGAGCAUUCUUUGAUAGGGGUAUAAAGUGUGAAACUGUUGAUAACAAUCUUUGUGAGGCUUUUAAUGGAGCAAUAGUGCCUGCUAGAUCUCAGUUAGGUUAUUCCCAAUUGGAGUAUAUCGGAAAGUUGGUUAUGCAAAAGCUAACCAAAAAUAGGGAUUUAGCUGAUAAGUGGAUAAGUCAGUUAGGCCCUAGAAUUAGGAGAAGGAUAAAUAACACAAUAAUGGCAAACAAUUAUUGGAGGGUGCAGUUUAAUGGGGCUGAUGGUUAUGAAUUGUCAUGUGGUUCUGACACCUAUCUAGUUGUUUGUGUGAGCAGUGGGAUGUGUCUGGGAUUCCUUGCAAACACGCAAUAUGUGCCAUUAGAGACAAAGGGCAUCCUAUAGAGGAUUAUGUGUCUAAUUGGUACAAGAAAGACAUGUAUAGGCAUACGUAUUCUUUCAUGAUGACACCUUUAGCUGGUCCAUUAUUCUGGCCUAAAACAAACAUCAAGGUCUUACCUGUUGCACUAAAAGAAAAAGAACUAGGCAGGCCCAAAAGAAAUAGAAUAAAGGAAUUAGGUGAGUUUCCAAGGAGUGGCAAGCUACCCAAGAGAGGUACUACAAUUACAUGUCAGUUAUGCUUCAAGAAGGGCCACAACAAAAAAGGUUGUCCUUCAAAAGAUCAAAUAAUGAAAGGAAACUCUAUUUUUCCUUAUGAUGACAUUGAAGCUGAAAGUUCAAGCCCAGUACAGAAUUCAUGUACCUAUUGCUCCCAAGAAGGCCACACUCAGAACCUUUGUCCUAACAAGAACAACCUAGAUGAGAAAACCAAUGGUGGCAAUGUACCUACAGCACAAUCAAAUGCUAGUGGUAGUACUUUGCAAUCUUAUUUCACUGAAAACCAAUGCUCAGAGGUUCCAGGUGGUGAGGGUGUAUUCCGAUGGAGAGGGAAAAAAGCAAUUAUUGUUACUGGCUUGGAGAGAUUAAGAGCAAGGAAUCAAACAGCAAGGAAUGCAAAUGCUAGAAGAUUAAGGAAAAGAGGUGCUGAAGAGGUGGAAGUUCAUGUUGAUGCCACAACUGCAAGACAGAGGUUCCAUGCUUUGUAUGACUCAAUGGAAGACAAUUAUGGGCAUUAGUUAGCUUAUGUAAUGUUUUUUGGGGCAAUCAUAUAUCCAUUUUUUGGCUUGUAAGGAUAUUGAACAAUACAAGAUAUGUAUAUGGGCUAAUGGGGGUCAUUUGCAAGAUUUUUGUGUUUUUUUACUUGCAAAUGAUAUUCAAGUGAUGUAGUUUUAAACUUCAAACAUGUAUGUAUUAAACACAAUGGUUUCAAUUCAUGGGCUUUAAGUUCAUGUAUGGUAUGAAUGAAAUGUUUC